GUCAAUUUAAAAUGUAAUCAUAUUACAAAGUAAAAUCGCGGCGUCGAACGCUCGAGGAUUUGAAAAUGGAACUGAAACAAUGUUGCCAGCAUUGAAAUUGCUAAUAGUUUUUAUUCUACAUACAACGGAAGGGGACGAGGAAGCUAUUAUGAUAAAACUCCGUCCGGAACAAAUUAUAAAUACAUUUAGAUCGGUUAUAUCUUCCGCGUAUUUGAAGAAGUUGGCAAACGACUUCGCAGUGAAGGCCGCUAAUCACUUUAUCGACGCGAUUAGGAAUAAGGAGACGGAACUUUCUAUAGAUAAUUACAGGACGCCAAGAAUGGAGAAAAUACAGAAAUCAGAAGACGAGUUACUCAACGAGCCUGAAGUGCAAACUUUACUCAAAGAUCCCUUACCAGAUGGUGAUAAUUUGGACAUAUUACUGGACCAUAGCGAUGAAGCAAGCAAGGUUAUGAAAAAGAAGAAGAAGAUACCUGUUAUAGAACUACGGAAGAUAAAUGGAAUUUACUACAGAAGAUUAUUAGGUUUAAUAUAAUAGAAUGUCAGAAUUGUUUUCUUUUAUUAAUAACUAGCAGACAUGGUUUACCGUUAUGACAAAUUUCAUCCAAUUCCGUUCAGCGGUUUCGAUGUUUAGGUCUGAAACAUACAAUCAUUUAAACAUGCUCACUGACUUUUGCAUUUAUAAUAUUAAAAAAUAAUGGAUUUGCCAGUGACUUCGAAUACAUAGCUGUUAAUUCAUUAACUGGAUUUCAAAAUAAACCAUUCAGUAGUU